UCAUUUCAACGUGUUUAUUUUAGGUUAGAUAGAAAAAAAUUAUGUAUAAUAUUAUGUUCUAAUUCAUUAAUUAUUAUUGUUAUAUCAGUUUUUUAUACACAUGUUAUGGAUUUUGCUCGAAAGCAACUAGAAAAAUACGGCUGGACAGAUGGCAAAGGUCUUGGAAAAAAGGAAAAUGGUAUAUCCGAACCGUUAAAACCUAAGUUAAAGCGAAGUGUAGCUGGUAUAGGAUACGAUGCCGCCGCAGACUUCACGGAACACUGGUGGAGCGCCUUGUAUGAUAAGGCAGCUAGCAAUUAUCAGGUUGAAGAGGAAAAUGGUAAAACAAAGAAGAUGAAAAGAAUAGAAGACAAAGAAUUCGUAAUCACAAACAGCACUUGGCGAUUGAAGAAGAAAAACAAUCAUAAUGACACAGAGGAAUAUUCUGACUUCUUUGUUAAGAAAGCUGUAUUAGGUAGUGGUGGGUCAAAGACUACGAAAGUCAAUGAGUCUGAUUCAGAUGAGGAGUCCAGUGCUAAAGAUGUGAAAUUGACUGAUGAAGAAUUGUUUGCGGCUUGCCAGGGCAGGACAGCACAUAAAGGUGCACGGCAUGGUCUUAGAGCGUUGGGCAAACUAGCAAGAAUAGAGCAACAGGAACAACUACUAUUACAACAAACGAAAUAUAAUACAUUUCUUGCCAAGAAAACCAAUAGUACUGACGACACUCAAGUCAUCGAAGACACAAGUUUAAAUGAAGAAGUUAAACCAAACAAGAAGAAAAAGAAAAAGAGAAAACGUUGCAAGAGCAAUGAGAAUGAAUGUACUAAUAAUGUUAUUAUAGAAGCUUCUGAUAAAGAGCCUGACGAAAGAAUAAAUCAUGAUACAGUUGAUGGAAAAGAAGAUACAGAGGAGCAAAUUUUAAAAAAGAAAUCCAAAAAGUCAAAGAAAAAAUUAUGUGAAGAUAUUGUUGAAGAUUCCGAUGUCAAAUUAUCUAAGAAAAAGCGUAAACUAAGUACAAACAAUAGUGCCUUAAAUGAAGAUGAACCGGAAAUCGAUCUAGAAAUAGAAGAAACAGAAAGUAGUUUAUCUAAAAAGAAAAAAAAACGCAAUAAGUGAGAUUAGCAUAAUUGUAUUUUUUUGAAGAAUUUUGUAUAUCUAUUAUUUGAAUACAUUGUUAUGU